CCAAAAUGACAGUAUUCAGCGGUUCAUGACUUGGCGUGGCUGGCAGGAGCGGCGGGGUUGAGUGGACUCUGCCGCCGCUGCCUCCACAGAUCUGGUAGCGGACUUGGGUUGCAACAGCAGCAGCAGCAGCAGCAAUAGCAGCAACGCGGAGCUCCGCGGAGAUUCCCGGCGGCUUUGGGCCCGUCUGAUGGAGCCGCCAAGCGGCGGCGGAGCAGGUGGCGGUUCGGCGCCGACCUCCGGCGCCGCUUUUGACUGGGGGAGCGUGGCGCUCGUCCCUGCGGCGGACACUGCGGUUCCCUCCGCGCGUCCCUCGCCACCUUGAGCGCCCCGGAGACGGCCGUCAAGACCCCUUUGUAGCGGGGUGCUCCCGACGAACCCGAAGCCGCGCCGACACCCCGCCCGACUCGAUGAGCAGCUGCUGCAUCUGGCCGCGGUCAUGGCUCCGAUUCCCACGUACCUCAAUCCGGCCGCCGUCCUGGUCCUGGUCAGCUGGGACCUGUGCCUUGUGCGCGCAAAUCGGCCCCCAUCACCUGUCAACGUGACUGUCACACAGCUCAAGGCAAACUCAGCCACAGUCUCCUGGGAUGUGCCAGAAGGAGACGUCGUAAUCGGCUAUGCUAUUUCACAACAGCGACAAGAUGGGCAAAUGCAACGAUUCAUCCGGGAGGUGAACACCACAAACAGGGCCUGUGUACUCUGGGAUCUGGCAGAGGAUGCAGACUACAUCAUCCAGGUCCAGAGCAUUGGCCUCCACGGAGAGAGUCAGGCUAGCAAGAGAGUCCAUUUUCGCACGUUAAAGCAAAGCGACCGACUUCCAUCCAACAGCUCAAACCAAGGAGACAUCACAAUGGAGGGGCUGGACAAAGAGCGGCAGCUGCAGACCGGGGAGAUUAUUAUCAUUGUGGUUGUGCUGCUUAUGUGGGCAGCUGUGAUCGCACUCUUCUGCAAGCAAUAUGAUAUCAUUAAGGACAAUGAUUCCAACAAUAAUAAAGAGAAGACCAAGCCUUCCUCAGAACAUAGCACUCCAGAACGGCCCACAGGGGGACUACUACGUAGCAAGAAGAAAUCACCAUCUAUCAAUAUCAUUGAAGUAUAGCUGUUGCCAUACAGGCUCGAAGCACUCCAGAAGGCUGCUGGAACAUUGCUGGGCUCUGGGUCUGGCUCUUCACCUGCAUGCAAAGAAUUAAAGCUUCUUGCCCUGAAGGAGGGAUCUGCAUGGAGCCAGCUGCCAAGACAAGGUGCAUGUAGAAGCUGGCCUCUAAACUAACCUCUCG